GCCGCCGGGUCUUUGAAGUUACAAACCUUCAUCUACGAACAAACGAAGUCGGAAUGAUGGGCACCUAGGAAUAUUCAUGAAAUUUUCUUAAAAUUUCAAUCAUUCUCUACAUUUCCUAAUUAUCCCCGAGAACUGCCACGAUGCGACUUCUUUGGUACGCAGGGUCUUCGACGGCCCUGGCGGCCGGCGUUGUCGCUUAUGCUUUCAACCAACGUGCCAACUUCUAUUCCGCCAUGGUCUACCUAUCGCAAAAUAAUCUUAGUCUUAUGAUCCUCAUAAACCUUGUUCUCUUAGUCUAUGGCUCUUUCGUCUGGGGCCUUCAGCGAUUAUGUUAUGGCCCUCUCCGACCCGUCGAGAUCGAACAACUGUACGAGAAGGCCUGGUUUGCCGUGACCGAGACUUGUCUUGCCAUGACUAUCUUCCGCGAAGAAGUUGGAGCUUGGUUCCUGGUUAUGUUUACGGCUUUGGUUACCGGCAAGGUGUGGGAAUGGAUAGGCGAAGGUCGCGUCGAGGUCCUCGAACAGCAACCUCCCGUUAACCCACGACUUUUCCAUACGAGACUCAGCAUUUCCCUCCUGCUUAGCGUCAUUUACGAUACCUGGCUAUUUACAUACACUGUAAAUGCCGUCAUCCAACAGGCUCGCCCUAAUAUGAUGGUUAUGUUCUUGUUCGAGUUUGCUAUUUUGGCUGCUUGCUCGUUCCGCACCGGUUUCCGAUAUGUCCUGUCGCUGGUCGAAGCCGAUAUAGUUAAGAAGCAGACUCGCCAGAGACUGGAAGAACGGCGUAGGCAGGUCCGGGAACAGCGUGCCGAGAUCAUGAGGCGCCGCGAAUCUGGUGACGCUGCAGAGGCCGAAGCCGCGGCGCAAGAAGAGCUGCCUCCUAACGAAGCGGAUAUCGACGAGACAGAUAUCGAAGUGCAAGGAUGGGAAUCUAAAGGGCAAUGGGUCUUAAGUCUGGACCUGUUCACUGACUUCGUCAAGCUCGGCAUAUAUUCCGCAUUCUUCGCCAUCUUGAUGAUGUUCUAUGGUCUACCUAUCCACAUUAUGCGCGAUCUCUUCCUGACAGCGCGAUCAUUUGUUAAGCGCCUCAGCGCCCUGAUGCAGUAUCGCAAGGCUUUGCAGGUGAUGAACAAUUAUCCCGAUGCUACUGUGGAGGAGUUAACACGCGAGGAUACAUGCAUCAUCUGCAGAGAAGAUAUGAGACCGUGGGACCCAUCUGCCGUGGGCGCGGUAGAACGGUUUCGUCCAAAGAGACUACCAUGUGGUCAUAUCUUACAUUUUGGAUGUCUCAGGAGUUGGUUAGAGAGACAACAAGUGUGCCCAACCUGUCGACGUCCAGUUACUAUCGAAGGAGCCGCAUCUAACGGUGGUGCGGCUCCCCCAGGUGCGAAUCCUGGCGGUCAGCCUAACGCUCCAGGUCAACAGGCGCCAGGCAAUAGAGCUGCUAAUGGCGGACAACCUGCGCAGGCGCGUGGGGCCGGCAACAUGAGAGUAUUCCAGUUUGGCCCCAUUCGAUUAGGAUUUGCUCAGGGCAACGCCCAAAAUAUCCAUGAGAUGGCUCAACGGCUACGUUUUCCUCUCGACGCUCCCAACGGCCCCGCAGUACCACCGACACCUACCCAAGCACCUCCCACUGGUACUGCUACUCACCUUGGCAAUAACGCUAGUAUUAUGGAGAUCCAGGGACAGCUCCAAAGCCUAUCACAACGAAUCCAACAGGAGAUGCAAGCUUUACAGACGAGCCAAGUCGAACUUCAGACUCUAUAUGCUCUAACGGCAGAGCUAAACCGCCUCCGUCAGAUCCAACAAGAACCCCAACCUGCACCGGUCGUCCAACUUGGACAACCAGGUGUUGGCGUUCAUCUCGGUCCUUACCAACCGCCUAUGCCACAAAAUCCCCUACCCCCAUUCCAGCCUUUACCACAACUUCAACCACAACAAUUCCCACCUAUGACACAAAUACCCCAGUUUCCAAGCUUUCCUCCUCGCGUGUCAACGCCGACUAUGGUUCGACAUGGAGGUGCGCCUUACUCUGCAUCUGUCCCUGCAGGUAGCCCAGACUUGCCCGAAGGAGUCGUCAUCCCACCUGGCUGGUCUUUAUUGCCUCUCCAACGCCUUGACGGCCAACCAUCACAAGCUCCCCAUCAAUCCGUUCAGCAGGUCGACUUCAAUGGCCAGCAAUCACAGCCAGCUGAUACGGUGAAUAGGAAUGUCGUGACUGGUAGCGCUACUGGAAUUCCUCGUUCAUCAAGCUCCAGAGCUGGCGAGUCCAAUACUAGAAGUUUCGGGAUUCCUAGUGGAUUCCCAGAGGAUGGCCCCAGCCAGGCGACUUCUCAAGUACAAAGAGAAACGCCAGAAGUAGCGGCGCCAACGCCAGUGAUGCCUAACUGGGGUGGCCGUGCACAGCUCUUCACAAAUAACAAUUCGGCCGCGACAAACGAGGCCGAGGCCCGAACGGAAGAGCCGUCGACAUCGGAAGCUCCUCAACGCCAGAACUCAGGUGAUGAGCAAGAAACAGCAGCGGGCGGCGAUACAAAGGGCAAGGCGAAAGCUGUGACGAUCGAGGACGUGGAGGAGGCAGAGGAUGAAUAAAAAUAGGUGGUCAUUUCUCGAGCCACGUCCCCGGCUCUGUAUUCACAAAGGGGAAAUUGCAUCAGGGGCAAGGCGUUGGUGGCGUUGGGAUUUCAGUUCCUAAAACAAAAUACUUGAAUGGUAUGCGUAUCUGGUAUGAUGACAGGUUUUGUACCAUGAAUGAUUAGGAACAAUUCCUGCAUUGGUCAUGUUUGCUGAAUAUUGUAGGCAUUAAUAGCGGGUUGCCGUUACGAACUCUGCUUCGGACGUGAUGGAUGAAUAAACGCUAAACGUACCUAGUGCCUAAGACGAUAGAAAGAAAAAAAGAGAGAAAAGCGAAACAUGUUACGUCGGAUGAUAUUACCUAUUACCUACCUACCUACUAGGUAUCUAGUAACCAUUAUUACACUUACUAAUCCACGGGAAUAAUGUUCCCUAAAUGGGCUUUAAAACUGGUGGUCGUACUAAUGAGAGCUAGUCGAGAGGUCUAGAAUGUUUGAGGUUUUUGAUGUUUGAGCAAUACGAGUUAUUAAAAUUGCAUACCGUACCUAUACAGAG